CCUCAAACUACUGCUGCCAUUGUUGUUAAACAACAAGGUGCUCUCUAUCAUCAUGAAAACAAUAUAGUUUCGCAUGGAAACUUUGAAGAGUAUGCUUACAACACAUUAGAGUCAACAAAGAUUGCCUCAUUCUUUGUCAACAAACAAUCUGAGUGUCCAUUCAAGUGCGUCAGCGAUCCAAAGUGUUAUUCGUGCAAUGUUGCUGCGUACCCUGACUCUAAAGGACUUUACCUUUGUGAUCUUCUAGCUACUGACAAGUACAGGGAAAAAGCGAAAUUCAUCCCUGAUGCUUUCUUUCAUCACUUCUCUCUUUGGGUGAGUUCAGAUUUAUUCAUUCUUCAUUGGAGUAACAAUAAAUUGCAAAGUGCCAUUUUUUCUCAAUCGACGUUCGGACGCAAGUCCUAAUGGCAUUAGGGAUCCGAGACUUACUGCUUUGCUAACAGAUGUGUCUUAGAAAAAGCUAUCUAAGCCAUUUAAUGCAAACUCUUCGAACUUAAACACGCAUGAAAUUAUUUUACUACAGAUUUUUCUUUCUUUCGGUACUUUAGAGUCUAUGUCGUCAAGAACCUUGUAAGAACAACGGUGACUGUAUUCCUGAUUACCAACUGAACUCUUACAGCUGUCAUUGCAAUCUGGGACAUUAUGGAAUUCACUGUGAAAAUACAGGUAAGUGAAAACCAGAUUCAUGAAAGUGUUCUUUCGUUUCGUUAUGCUGUAACUUGUAACUUGUUUACACGCGUUCGUGCGUUCCAUAUCAAGGUUGCAAAUGGUGUUGUCGGUUAGCCUGUGAACAGGCUCUCUGUUUGGGGAAAAAAUAGCGAGGAAAGGCCUGUUCACAUGCUAGUUGUUAGUGGAUUGACCUGACAAUAAUCAAGGCCAUGCAGAAUAUUUGCAUCCAAUUCAGGCCAAGAUGCAACAUUUCUGCAUCAUUCAUAUGUGUCGGAGUCGCGGCUCUACGGUAUGUGGGGGACCGCACACGAGCAAAAGGUUGCUUUGAUCUGUGUGUGUCCUCUACUUUACUAAAACCUUCGACACAUGCGGAUCUCGUUUUUUGUUGCACUAUGAUUUGCAUCUUGAGUUUAUGUUGUGUGACUUGGCCGCCCAUGCUUUCAAACCUGUCGUUUACCGGCCUGCUUUGCGGUACAUACCGGUAGAGAUAUUUCAAUCAGAAAAAUCCAAAAGUUUAGACAGAUAAUAAAUUUCGGAAUUUGACUUAGUUUCAAAGUUUCGCAUACAGCUCAUUUAGAGAAGACUAGCUUUGACUAAUAAAUUAUCUAACACUGAUUUCUUCUAGGUAAAACCUGCAGUGAAAUAAAGAUUCAGAGUCUAAACAUCCAAAGUGGGCCGUGCGUAAUUGACCCUGAUGGUGACGGAAGCUACGAACCCUUCACAGUCUAUUGUGACAUGACUGACAAGAGCGGAGUUGGCGUGACUGUCGUUGGUCACGACAGUGAAGAUAGAAUUCUGGUAAAUGGGACUGAACCCAAAGGAAGUUACGCACGUGACAUUACUUAUAUUGGAACGGGCCUAAGGGGCAUUGCACAGUUAACUGGGCUUUCCAUUGUCUCUCUAAAUUGCGAGCAAUUCAUCAAGUACGAAUGUGCGGGAAGCCGACUUCUCGCAAACGGGAAUUCAUUUGGAUGGUGGGUAUCACGUGAUAAUGUUCAAAUGACGUAUUGGGGUGGAACAGCACCCGCUGAUUCCAACAAAUGCGCAUGCGGACUGACGAGUUCGUGUGCAGACAGCAGCAAAGGAUGCAACUGCGAUAAGAACGAUCUUGUCUUGCGUGAGGACAGCGGUCUUCUCACUGAAAAAUCUCACCUUCCUGUGCUACAGUUAAGAUUUGGAGAUACGGCUGGAGUUAAUGAACAUGGUUAUCACACCUUGGGAAAGUUUAUAUGUUACGGUAUUGCAUAA